AUGGCCGCAUGCUCCAGGGGCCUCGCGUGGCCGCCGUUCGAUCUGACCACGGCGAGGGGGCGGCGUCCUGGCCGCGCCGGCGUGCCGCGAUCCGGUGCUGCUGCGCCGGGGCCGACUCGGAGCCGCGGAGGCGACUCUCGAGGGCGGCCGCGGUCACGCCCGAGCGCGCCGAGGGUGGCGCAUCGAUGGGAACAAGCCAUCCGCCGCGGCACCGGGCCGGCGGCGCGCCAGCCUCACCGCUAUGCCCCCGCUCCCUUCCCUGCACCUCGUUCUAGAAGGCCGUUCAAGCAACAGGACUUCUACCGCAUGGUGCACCGGAGGGGGCCGGCUCCUCAAUCCCAUGAUACCCCGCCCAAGAGAGACACUGGUAUUGCUAGUGAGAAGGAAUGGGGAAUCAACUUGCCGGCUGAAGCAGUCAAGGAGUCUGGAAUAAAUGAAGAUGGAAGCACUUGGUACAGGGAGAGUGGAGAAGAUAUUGGCGAGAACGGGUACCGCUGCCGCUGGACAAGAAUGGGAGGACAGAACCAUGAUGGUUCCACCGAAUGGAAAGAGACUUGGUGGGAGAAAAGUGACUGGACUGGAUAUAAGGAAUUAGGUGCGGAGAAAUCUGGGAAGAAUGCUGAAGGCGAUUCUUGGUGGGAGAAAUGGAAAGAAGUUCUGUACCAAGAUGAAUGGAGCUUAUAA